AUGGCCUCCUUAAGAAGCCAGCCUCAAUUUCAACAAUUGCGUCAGCUUGUACAGCAAAAUCCAACACAAUUGCCCCAUUUGCUCCAACUAAUCGGACAGAGUAACCCUCAAUUGUUACAGUUCAUCAAUGCCAAUCAAUCCGCGUUCACUCGUCUCUUGCUGGAAGGUGGAGAUGAAGCCGGAGAUAGUGGUUUACCACCCGCUCACUAUGUUUCAGUUACACAAGAUGAAAAAGAUGCUAUUGAUAGGUUGGAGGCACUCGGAUUUGAUAGAGCCAGAGCAAUUGAAGCUUUUCUUGCCUGUGACCGAAAUGAAGAUCUGGCAGCCAAUUAUCUUUUCGAUCAUAUGCAUGAAGAUGAGGCUUGA